AAUGUCGGCAGUCGAGCUGAACCUGGAAAUAAGGUACUUGGCAUUUCACCUUCAACUCAACACAACAAGGAUUAGGUCUGACUCCUCAUCUGACCCAUUUUUUUUUUUUAAAUGUACUUUCUUUUAAAAGAUUCAGUUUUUUUAACAAUUCAAGAAAAUGUACAUUUGUAUUUUUACAAUAUAAACCCUACGAGACAUUAUCUAAAGGGAUACAUUGUACUUAUAAGGAGCUGCAGUUAAAAAUGAAGUGCUGACAUUAGGUCAUCAAAAAGGAGGUAGCUGUAACAGGAAAUGGUGGCUGAACGGUUUCUUCCUCUGCUGUCAGAAUUAGACACUGAAGCAUGUUUCACUCUUGCAGUGAAGUCGAGCGUUGUUUGGUUUCCUGACUUUUAAAAAAAAAAAAAAAGUUACAGAAGUAAACACAACAGUUCUGACUGUCAGCCACACCUGCUGAGCAACAUACCACCACCAGCUGAGUGUUUGGAGGCCUCACCAUGUUAGCUGAACAAAUGACGGCAGACGAGGAAGUGAAUCCUCAUCACAGAAAGUGCAAAGUUAUAGGAGAAGUGUAAUUUGUUUUUCGUUAAUAUAUAAUUGUGUGUGUGUGUGUGUGUGUGUGUGUUCCAUGGCCACUGCAGUUGUACAGCUGUUCAUGGCUCUGCCUCACAGUCCGUCCAUGUGGAGCCUGCAGCACACCGGUGUGGUCUGCUUCAUCAAAGACAACCCUCAGCGCUCCUACUUCAUACGCAUGUUUGAUCUAAAGACUGGGAGGCAGGUUUGGGAGCAGGAGCUCUACAACCAAAUUGUGUACUCCUCACCGCAGCCGUUCUUUCACACCUUUGCUGCAGAUGACUGUCAGGUUGGACUGAACUUUGCAGAUCGGCAGGAAGCAGAAACUUUCCAAAAUGCUGUCCAGGAGAAAAUAAACCAAAGAAACAACCGCCAAGACAAGAAACAGCGCCCCCUGCCGCCUGCUGACAGAGGUAACCUGCCUCCACUCCCACCUGAAAAAGCCUCACCUGGCAGCCCUGGCUCCUUCCACAUGACCACGGUGGACAUACAGAACCCGGACAUUAAUUCGUCGCGCUACCGCUCGACCCCGACCCCCUCGCCUGCUGCUUUUGGCGGGAAAGGAAAGAAGGACAAGAAGAACAAGAAAAAAGGCGCCAAACUCUCCAAAGCAGACAUAGGAGCACCAAGUGGAUUCAAACAUGUUUCUCAUGUUGGCUUUGAUCCAAACAACCUGGACCCUGACCUGUCCAAGCUGCUCUCCCAGGCUGGGAUCACUGAGGCUGAGAUGAGGGACGAACGGACCUCCCAGCUCAUCUAUAAUGUCAUCGAGCAGUCCGGAGGCAUGGAGGCGGUCAAAAGGGAGGUGAACAGAGCAGCUUCUGGCCCUCCACCACCUCCACCUGGCAGACAGGGACCUCUGCCUCCUGUGCCGGGCUCGGGUCACUCUGUUCCGACCCCUCCUCCUCCACGAGGCCGCUCUGGCCCUCUCCCUCCUAUUCCAGGCACGCAGCAGCGAGGGAGCCCAUCCUCCCAUGCGCCUCCGGCACGUGGGGGACUCCCACCUCCACCUUCUCAAGCCAACAGGGGUGGUCCCCCUCCUCCGCCUCCUCCAGCGCACUCUACACCGCCGCACUUCUCCUCGCCGCCUCCGUCAAGAUCCUCCGCACACAACCUGCCUCCCCCGCCGCCGCCGUCAAGCCAGCAGCGCUCCGUGGGUUUCGCGCCUCCUCCUAUUCCUGCUGCAGGCGGAAGAGGAGGUGGAGGCCCUCCUCCUCCCCCGCCGCCUCCUCCACCACCGUCUGCCCCUUCUUCAGCUUUCCCGCCUCCUCCUCCUCCUCUUGGUUCCGGUGGUCCACCACAGCCGCCACCUCCUUCAUCCAGCGGGGGAGGAGAGAGCAGAGGAGCUCUGUUGGAUCAGAUCCGACUCGGGAAGAAGCUUAGAAAUGUGAUAGAUAGUCCAGAUCAGGCUCCGAAUACACCUCCAGGGUCAAGUGAAGGCAUCGUCGGUGCGCUCAUGUCAGUCAUGCAGAAGAGGAGUAAAGCCAUCCAUUCUUCUGACGAAAGUGAAGAUGAAGGUGGAGACGACGACGAAGAGGACGACGAAUGGGACGACUGAUUUGUAAUAAGAGCUAAGUUCAACUGUGGUUUUUGUAAUUGCGUCACGGUUACAUUUAGUUGUUUUUCUCACCUCCAAUAACCGCAAACUUGAAUACAACUUGUGUAAAGUGAUUCAAUAAAAAAAAAAAAUAUUCAAUAGAAAAACUUGAACUGGACAGGAAAACAAGUCUAGAGAAUCAUGAAAUGUUUAUAUAUUUGUUUGGAACAUUUCCAGUGUAGGAUUCACGACAGCACUGUAACUCACAUGAAGGUGAUCGGAGGCUCUGCGUCGUUUCUCGUGCUUCCUUUAGAAGAGCCUUUUUUCUUUCUUUUUUUUUAAAUCCUGUAAAUGUAGCUUAUGACACAA